AGAGAGAGAGAGAGAGAGAGAGAGGGAGGGAGAGAGAGAAAGAGAGGAAGAAGAAGAAGAAGAAGAAGCAGGAGGAGGAGGUGGGCACAACUUCUCGGGACAACAAUGGGGAUGUUGGAGAGAGAGUCCGUAGGACGUUUUCGAACUUAGGUCUCUGUAAUCUUACCUGUCGGUUUUCUCUUUCGGGUGAAAAGUUUUGGUUUUCCGGUAGUAUCGCCAUCGAUUUCUUUGAAAACUCAGUUCCGUCCAAAAGUGAGGUUUUUUCCGGUGAUUUCGCCGUGUGAUUUGUGACACUUCACUUCCCGGAGAGAGUUUCGGUUUUUUCGGUGGUAUCACCGUUUGAUUCGCGGAAAUUUUGAAUUUCCGAAGAAAAUGGUCAAUUUUAUUCUGGGAUUCAUCGGGUAAACCCGACUUUCGCUAGGGAAUCCGAUCCUUGUAUUUUUCCAAUUCUUUCAUUAAAUCGCGCGAAGAUUUUAAUUAUUGGCUUGUGAAUUGUUGGGUUUUGUUAGAUUAUUGAGGGUUACUGAGGGAUUUGGAGUGUCAAGUGAAUUGGUGAAGUCUACUAUUCGAUGCUCUUAAUUAUGUGAAUUUUUUUGGAGCUUUCAAGGAAUUUUUGUGUUUAAUGAUGGUGUUGGAGUUGAAUUAAGUAUAGCUUGAUUCCUUAUUUAUUGUGGGGGGUUCUAUAUAUGUCAAUGAUUUAUUGAAAUGAUGACAUGUUUGUGAAGUGAGUGAAUUUUUGUGGGUUUAAAGGACUCAGUUAAUGGAGGAAUACUGGGUUUUUUUGGUGGAAGUUAAAAAGACUGAUGUAAGUUAUUUGAUCUUGCUUUUGCUUUUAUAAAGGUUUGGCUGUUCUUAAUUAUAGCUUGAUGUUGAAGGGUUUGUUUGGAUUGAAUUGAUAUCUUCGCUAGCAUUUAUUUAUUGCUUCAAUUGAUUGGUCAUAUCCUAAUGUAGUAGUUCCUUGAAGCCACUUUCAUUUCUACCCAUUUUAAGCCUUCAAAGCUGUUUGCUCCAAUUCGUCAAUUUCUUGUCGUUCAUCAACUUUGUGAGUCGAAAAUGGCUUUUUCUUACACUCGUUUUUCAUGGUGGUGGUGGGCUGGGAAAGAAAAAGAGCCUGUCUCUAAUGAGUCUUCAGUAAAUUCUUCUACGGAUUGGGGUUUAGGAUUUAGGGAACCGAAUGCUGUGAAAUUUUCUUCUUUUAAAGAGGCAAAAGUGGCCUCUUCGCCUAGGAAGGUUAGGAGGAAAUGGCAGAGUAGGGAACAAAGGAUAGUUGAUAAGGAACAUGAUGUUGUUUUGGUGCCAUCAGAUGGUGUUUUAUUGUCGGGUUCUGAUACCGAUGACUCGGACUGGUCAGUUGGGUGGCUGGAACCACACGCCCCUGAUUUCCAGAGUGAUGAUGAGGCAGACAACAGUUUUGCAGUGUUAGUUCCUUGCUAUAAACAUGAUUGCAAAGAGGUGGAGGAGCCUAAUAAUCAGUUCAUGAGUGCGAUCAGGAACCUCCCUGCUGUGUACUCUGAUGGAAAGUUGGUAGUUACAUUGCAGUUGUUCCUGGAAAUUUCCGAACAGUGUAACUUUAUUAAUGUUAUACUUCGCUUUUGAUGUAAUUUGGUACGGUAAUUUUUCAGGAUAACCAGUCAUGCUGUUUAAGUCAAAUGCCUGUUUUAUAUACCUUUCUGGCCUGAGACUUGCCAACUGUACUGAUUUCAUACAUUUUCUUCGAAUGUGC